AAUCAGCCAUAGCAUAAUUUUACAUCAUCAAUAAAAAUAGAAAAGAAAAAAAAAGCUCAAUAUAGAGAGAGAGGCAAUGGGGGAAACCUUCCCAAUGAAAGGUGGAGAUGAUGCCCACAGCUACUCCAAAAACUCCCGCUAUCAGAAAUUAGCUUCUGACACCGUCAAGGAAAUGAUCCAAGAGGCAGUGAGUGAGUAUCUAGCCACAGAAUCAAUGUCGAGCAGAGUGACAAUAGCAGACUUGGGGUGUUCCGUCGGCUUAAACACAUUCUUUGCAGUUCAAAAUCUGAUGGAAGCAGUUGAAGCCAAGUGGUCUUCCAAAAACAAGCUGGAAUUCCAAGUAUUCUUCAACGACCACUCGGCCAAUGAUUUCAACACGCUCUUCACCUCCCUCCCACCAGACAGGCAGUACCACGCAGCCGGAGUGCCCGGCUCGUUCCAUGGCCGCCUUUUCCCCUGUAACUCCAUCACCGUGGCAUAUUCCUCACAGUCUCUCCACUGGCUCUCCAAGCAGCCUCAAGGGCUACAUAAUGAGGGCAGGAUUCACGGCUCCGGCGCGCCUGAGCACGUGGCCAGAGCCUACUCGGAUCAGUUUGAGAAGGAUUUAGGAGAUUUUAUGAGUGCAAGAGCGGAGGAGAUUGUGAGUGGAGGGCUUAUGUUUCUCCUCAUGCCUGGAACUCCUGAGGGAGUCCCCCAGACUGAGCUGAGUGCCAUCUUUGAUUACUAUGGCUAUACCCUAAUGGAUUUAGCUAAGGAGGGAGUUGUGGAGAAAAGCGCCAUAGACGCGUUCAACUUGCCCAUCCAUAUACCCACACUAGAGGAGAUGAGGAAAGUGAUAGAGAAGAAUGGGCAUUUUAGCAUUGAGAGAAUAGAAUUAAUAAAUCCCAAGGCAGGGAUUGAGGAAGCGCUUGAUGCAGCUACUGUGUUAGUGCACAUGAGAGCUGCAAUGGAGGGAGUUUUCACCGCCCACUUUGGAGCUUCCGUCGUGGACAAAAUGUUUGCCAACGUUUUACCAAAGGCUCCACAAAUUUCACACUGCUUCCAGGCUCUCCAUAAUAUUCAUAAUCAGCUCUUUCUCGUGCUCACCCGCAAAUAAUUCAACUUUUACUUGUUAUAUGUAUUUUGAAUUUCUGCAUCAAUAAAUACCAACUCCUGCUUUGGUCA